GAGAAAAGUUCUAAAAGUAAAUUAAAAUGUUAAUACAAAAAAUGCUCGAACAUGCCUCGCAUUCGGAGUUAUGGAGUUUUGCGACGCUCCUCGCUGUUGCAUUAUCACUUUAUGGCUUAUGGGAUUAUAUCAAAUCGGUGCUACUUUCUUUAAAGCUAUCCGGACCAGAAGCUUUACCAAUACUCGGCAAUUGUUUGAUCAUCAAGGAGAAGGAUAUGCUUGCAAAGCGUGUAGCAACAGCUUUUGGUCUUUAUGGUCCUCUAAUUCGAAUUUGGGUAUUAUUGUUUCCCUUCUUUGCCGUCUUACAACCGGAUGACUUACAGGUGAUACUCUCUUCAAAGAAGCACACCGAGAAGGUGUUCUUUUACAGAUUGAUGCACAAUUUUCUGGGCAAUGGACUCAUUACGAGUAGUGGUGAAAAGUGGAAUGCACAUCGAAAGCUCAUACAGCCGAUGUUUCAUUUAACUAUUCUGGAGCGUUUCAUUGGAACAUUCGCGGAUGCUUCACAAACGCUUUUCGAGAAUUUGCUUGCGUCUGCCAAUGAGGAAGUGAAUAUUGCUAAAUAUAUAAAUAAUUGCGUUAUCGACAUCUUAAAUGAGGCUGUUUUGGGCGUACCAGUGAAGCGACAAGGCUCUGUGGUAGAUAUGAAUCAGUCGCCGUUUAGACAGGGCAAAGUGGUGGUGAACGAACGUUUUUUGCAACCUUGGCUACUCUUUGAGAGCAUUUACAAAUUUACGAAAAUAGCCUCGGAAGAGCUCGAUCAAAAGAAGCGUCUCGAUCAAUUCACACGCCAAAUGAUCAAACGUCGACGGGAAAUGAUGGAAAAUGGCGAAGUUAUCGUCCGCAAAUGUCUGCUAGAUUAUAUGAUUGAAAUUUCCUACAACAAUGCCGAUUUCACGGAAGACGAUAUUGUGGAUGAGGCGUGCACCUUUAUGUUGGCCGGUCAAGAUUCCGUUGGCGCUGCUGUUGCCUUCACACUUUUUCUGCUCGCUCAAAAUCCCGAAUGUCAGGAUAAGUGUAUGGCGGAAAUCAAUGAUAUUUUCAAAUAUGAUCAACGUGCGCCCACUAUGGGUGAUUUGCGCGAAAUGCGCUAUCUCGAGAUGUGCAUUAAAGAAGCUCUACGUUUAUGCCCUAGUGUGCCUCUGAUGGCACGUAAAUUGGGGGAAGAAGUACGACUGGGCAAAUACACACUGCCCGCUGGUAGUAAUAUUUUUAUUUGUCCUUACGCCACACACCGUUUGCCACACAUUUACCCCGAUCCCGAAAAGUUCGAACCCGAACGAUUUUCAGCACAAAAUUCAGAAACACGACAUCCUUACGCCUACAUUCCAUUCAGUGCUGGACCUCGCUAUUGUAUUGGCAACCGAUUUGCUAUCAUGGAAAUGAAAACGGUUGUUUCACGUUUGCUGCGGAGUUAUCAGCUGCUGCCGGUGGCGGGCAAGACCUCGUUCAAUGCCACAUUUCGCAUUACACUGCGUGCAUCCGGUGGUCUGUGGGUGCGUUUGAAGCCACGCGAAAAUCCUCUAGUUGAUUAUAGUAAUUAGAUGGAGAGUAGUUAGAACCUAAAAUUUACGUAUAAAAAUAAGGUAUGAGUGAAAAGUAGUUGUAGUGGUAUUCACAGUAUAAACGAAUAGAAAAAGCUGGAGUUAAACCUUAGUUUUAGAGUAUUUAUGAUUGUAUGUAAGAAUUAUACUUAAUCACUUGCUUGUAUGGAUCUUUAAAAGCCAAAAUAAUUUUCACUAUAAAGAGAACUAAAUUAUGCAAUCGAGUCCAUAAAUUAUGAGGAAAUUAAAAAAUUAUUGUUUAAAUUGGCGCCAAAGCGGUUUACGGCCGAGCUCCUCCUCCAGUUUGUGGUUUAGCGUCUUAAUGCUUUUCCAACAAAUGGAGUCACCUACAAUUUUUAGCCGCCUCAGAGCGGCCAAUGGAAGUUUUUGUGUGGAGAAUUAUUUUAAGGCAUAAAUACACUCGGAGAGCUUGAAAAUCUCUACCGAGAGGUGGUCGCAUUUAGAAAAAUGUUUUUUCUAAAAUUUUGGAUGUUGGUCGAACCAGGACUCAAAUGGCAGUAAGCAAUGCUAAUCAUUGCGCUGUCGCGGGUGCCAAUAAUUAGCCAACACUUCCUAAUGAGUGAAAUCAAUAUUAGUUUUAUAUAGUAAUGUAUGUAUGCAGUAAAAUGUAUGAUUUAUUUCAUAUUGUCUACGCACAAAAACUUGGCAUUUUAUUAAGAGACUCUCUAGUCUAAAUUUCAUGUAUUUAUAAGAAUGAACUAUAGAUAUAAGAGUUUUGUAAUAUUUUGUAUGAAUUAUGUUCUUUAAGUAACAUCAAAGCAAUAUUUAAUAUAAAUUCAAUAACUGGGAGUUUGAAGUUUGAAGCCUCGUUAGGCAGUUAGUUGGUAAUAUAGUAUUGCAUACUCGUUCGCAAACGGUACACGGCAUACCUUACUUAAAUAUGUUCGAAUUAAGAUUUCGCACAAUUUUCCAAAAAUACGUUCGGAAAAUGUUAAAUACUGUUUUUAGUAAAAUAAAAUUUUCAAAUACGCAUUUGUAUGGAAUUUUAAUU